CCCGAAUAAUUCUUUUUUCGCUUUCGGUUUAUUGAAUUGAAUCGAAUCGAAUCGAAUCGAUCGAUUUUCUUCUUCUCCUUUCUCGUUCUCAUUGUGGGUUUAAUUUUGUUUUCGUCCCCAAAAUUUGAAUCCAUGUCGAAGAAGAGGAAAUCCGAUGCUACGCGGUUGGACGAGAUGGAUCGGAGCAUGUACACCACCUUCUGUAGCGCUGCUAAUUCGCUUUCGCAGCUUUAUGCUCAGGCCAUGAACAACCAGCGUAUCUCUUUCCAGGCCGGCGAACGUCACGCCCUGGAGAAUCUUUUUCAAUGGAUUUUGAGGCAGCAGCAAGAAGGAUCACGGAUGACAACAGCCGAUAUAGUUGCUUAUUUGCAGAAUGAACUUGAAUAUGAAGCAGAAGACUUUCCAAUGUCACCCAGACCAUCAAUUGACCAUAAUGUUCAAACCACGACUCACAUGAACACGUUAAGUGCUCCUUUUUCGUCCACACCAAUUUCAGCAUCAAUAAUCGGAAUGGGAGCCCGUCCUUGUGAUUAUCAAGGAAAGAACUUGGGAUUCUCAAAUGCCAUCUCAAGCCCGAUUCGAGGGAGCCUUCAGCACUACCAGUCAGUCCAGGUUGGUUACCAAUCAAAUAAUGUUGUAUCAUCAUCUUCUGCUGGUAGACCUCAAAGCCAUGAGACCAAUCACAAUAACCAACAUAAUGGGGAAGACGAUUCUUCAAUCUUCAAUGAUUGCAUGGACAUGCCUAUGCAUGCUGAUAGUCCAGUCUAUGAAUAACCUUUCUCUGUUUUUUUUUCUUUAACCCCGGUUUAGAUUUAUUUGUUGUCAGGUAUAGGAAACUCGAAACUCUCUGCAAAUGUACUGAAGUUAAAUGUUUAUGUAUCAUUGUAUUUUACAUUUCUUAAAGGUAGAUAUGGCAAUUUGUUUACAUGU